UCUCUCCUUUUUACUUCUAAAACUCAGUAAGAAACAGAGACAGGCUUACUUGUCAAACACAGCACGAAAAUUAUAACCAGCCUUAUGAUUUUUGACAGAGAAAAAGAAAACGACAGGAAUUAUUCCUUUUAAAUACACACAAAAAGAAGGAAAAAAACUCAUCGGCAGCCUCCAUUGAGAGGAGGAGGAAGAAGAAAACGAUGGCUUUGCAGGCAGGGGUCUCCACUUCCAAGGUUCUCAUUCUCGUCGGUGCAGGUUUGACUAGUUCGAUUAUUUUGAAAAAUGGACGGUUGUCUGAACUCAUUGGGCAGCUUCAAGAAUUACUCAAGGGUGUUGAUCAAGUUGAGAUCGCCCCCUACAAAUACGAUAGUGCUCUUCUUGCAGCCCAGAUUCGUCAAUUGGCGCAAGAGAUUAAGGAGUUGACCUUAUCCAGUCCUGUAACCAUCUACAAUGGAAAUUCUGCUUCUAAUGACAUCAUUUAUUUGAUGGUGUCAAGUUUUUGGCGCUGUUGCUGGAGAGGGAGUUUUUCAUCUUACCUAGUGCCAGCUGCUGCUCUUGGAGCAAUGGGAUAUUGUUACAUGUGGUGGAAGGACUGGUCAUUUUCAGAUGUAAUGUUUGUAACAAAGAAAAAUAUGGCAAAUGCUGUUGCAACUGUGUCAAAACAAAUGGAGAAUGUAUCAGAAACAUUGGCUUCAACCAAAAGACAUCUAACAAAAAGGCUGGAAAAUCUGGACUGGAAGAUUGAGGAUCAGAUAGAAACAUCUAAGCUCAUUGCCAGUGAUGUAGAUGAGAUGAAAUCAAACCUUUCCCAAAUCGGAUAUGAUGUUGAAUCAAUCCAUCAAAUGAUAUCUGGCCUGGAAGGAAAGCUUGGACUUCUCGAAAGCAAACAGGAUACCACAAACUCUGGUCUCUGGCACCUAUGUCAAUUUGCUGGAGGCUUUAAAGAUGGGCUUGGUACUAAAGUUUAUCAGGAUGUUGGUGCUAAGCUAGCGAACCCUUCAGCAAUGGCAUAUGAAGAAAGGUCUCUAAAGGGUCUUCAAUUUAUUGCUGAAACCAAAGAGUCGGAUAAGGUUGAGAAACCAGUAGAAAAUGUGAAGAAUGAUCUUGGUAUCUACCCCGGUGAAAAAGUCAAAACCUUGAAGACGAGAGUACACAGGUCAUAUCCGGUCGGGUUUUCUUUGACCCGAGACAUUGUCGGAUCUGGCAUAUAGAUUUCAAUUAUCUGCUGGAUGUUUUUGAUUUUUUAUGCAGACAUCCUUUCUUUUGAUUCCAUGAUGUGCAUGGUUCGUUAGAUUGACUUAUCGAUUCUUGCAUUGAAAAAUGCGGGUUAGCUUUGGGUUGCUCGAGUGUAUUUACCCAUUGCUUCCAGGAUUCUUUUGAUUCCAUGAUUUGCUCUGAUUUUUUUUUUUUGUUUGUAACUACAUGUCAAUGCUACUUUUUGAAAUAAACCUCCAAGCAUUUUGAGAA